CAAGCGCCAUUCGCGAAUGCGGCUGCUAUGAUCCAAGAUCCAAGCGAUCGAUCAUCGGGCAAUCUUCCCUCUCAUGGAGCGGCAUCCAAUCCAUUUCUUCGCGGAGCUCUUGGCAGCGUGGCAGUCGAGAGAGCGAGGAGCUAAAACAAGCCUGGAUUCGUAGAGAGUCAAGGUUUACGUGACUGAAUUUCUCAGCGAAUUUUUUCUUUUUUUCUUGUUUCCAGUGAAGCACGGAAGCGUACUGCUCGUACUGGCCGGAGUGGAAACCAAGAACAACAAUGAUGGUGCACGGCAUGGAGUCUGUGCGCGAUAGCUCUCUGGAACAAACUUUACGAAAGCUAUGGCCCCGGUCGCUUUCUCUUGCACACUGAUGGAUGGGCGUGGACGAUUCGCACGGCACGCUCACGCUUCUGGCUCUUUCAGUGACAAGGCGAUGAACUACGACCAAGUGAAGCUCCGAGAUGGGAGGUGUCUGGCCUACAAAGAAUUCGGGGUCGACAGGAACUCGGCGAGAUUCAAGGUGGUGGUCAUUCAUGGGCUUGGCAGUUCUCGCGACGCUCUUUUCCCGUGCUCACAGGAGCUUGCGGACGAGCUGGGACUUUACAUGGUCGGAUUCGAUCGAGCUGGCUAUGGACACAGCGACCCUUUUCCGCAAAGAUCUGUGAAGUCCGAAGCGCUCGACAUCCAGGAUUUGGCAGACCAGCUUCAACUCGGUGCGAAGUUCCACAUCAUAGCAAUCUCGAUUGGUGGCUACUCGGCAUGGUCGUGUCUCAAAUACAUUCCACACAGGAUUGCUGGAGCGGCACUUGUUGCUCCAGCCAUCAACUACUGGUGGCCGUGCUUGCCACCAUCUCUUUCUCACCAGGCUUUCAGCGCUCGAUCGUUUCUAGACAAGUGUGGCCUUCGACUGGCUCACUACUUCCCCGGCCUCUACACCUGGUGGAGCAGCCAGAGAUGGCUAGAACCCGGCAUUUCCAGGCUCGACAAGGUGGACCAGACCAUCCUGGCCAGUCCCAGCAUCCUCAAGCACCGAAGCCAAGCCCAACGCCAGGGAGCCCAGGAAUCCACCGCGAGAGACAUCCUCGUCCAGUUUGCGAGCUGGGAAUUCGAUCCAAGCCAGGUGGAGCAGCCGGGAGAGGGAAUUCGCGUGGAUAUCUGGCAGGGCGAUCGAGAUUACUUGGUUCCGGCGCUCCUCCAGCGUUGCAUCCACGAAAGAUUGCCCUGGACCGGCUAUCACGAGCUCCCAGAAAUGGGCCACUUGUUCUUCCUCCUCCCGGGGCGUGGCGAGGAGAUUAUCCGCACGCUGCUAAUCUAACCACGCGUAUUAUUCUAAUCUGAUCUCGUUUAGUCUAAACUUGUAUUAAGACAAGAUUAGUUUUUAAAGUAAUAUUGAUUAGUUUAAAAUUA